AUGGAAAGAAAACAAAGAAUUUGCCAAUUUAGACAAUGCCAAGGCACAGCGCUGGUACCCCGGAUAGAAUGGCGAUCGUCGGAUGCAGACGACAAACUCCUAACCGUACCCUUUUUGGCCAUCCAAUACGGCACCGGGCUAUGCAAUCAAUUAUUCGAGCUGGUCGCACUGCUCGGAAUGGCCGCGCAGACAAAUCGUAUCGCGACCGUCAACAUUGAGCACAGCCAGGUGAUGACGCGUCUCAUCGCGAUCGGCCAAAAUUUCCCCGCCCUCGCACCUCAGUUGCACUUCUCCAUGCUGCCGCCGAGUGCCUUCCAUGAAGUAUCGAUUGGCCGGGAUGCUUGUUGUCGAUAUAGUGAGGCAAAUAUGGAAUUGUUGAAAGCAAAGCGAGAGAGGCUGGUGGUGGCGUAUGGGAUUUAUUAUCAGAGCUUCAAAUACUUCUGGGACAUCCGGGACAAAAUCGUUGAAUGGCUGGCCCCCGCCCCGGUCACCUCAAUGAUUAUCGAUCAGGCUUUUCCGUCAGAAUAUAUGUCUCAAAAUGUGUUUGAACACCAAAAUCAGAAGUAUUUGGACGUUGAGGGAAUCCGCUUCGUGUUCGUAACUUCCGCAACCCCAGAAUUUGACCUGGGCGUCUCGCACAAGUUCUGCUCAAACGUGCUAUUAACUGCUCCUGCUUCCACUUUCGGCUGGUUUAUUGGGUUUCUGGGGAGUGGCGGAACCGCGAAUGUGUAUUAUGCUGAGAACUACUCCAAGCCCAAUGGUAUCUCACGCGAACUGGACGAAGAAGACUUCUUCCCGCCGAAUUGGAUCAAAUUGAGACAGGAAAAACGGGUAAAAUUCGAGGAGCUGAAGGAGAACAAAACCAUGCCA